AUGACACUCCUCUCCCCCCUUUCGCAAUGCCUCUCUUCCCUGGCCCGGCUGAACCACAAACGGGACAGCCACAGGGGUUUGAGGCAAAAUGAAGAACCGGAAAAACCUCUAUCAACGCGUUUGUUGGACGUCUUUCUGCGUACAUGGGAUCUAGGUUUUACAGCCUUCGGAGGGCCACCAGUACACUUCCAGAUUUUACAUGGCAGGUUCGUGGAGGGACAGGGCGGCAAGGAAAAAUGGGUAGAUGAGCAGACUGUACGAUUCUCCUUAUAUAUCCUCAAGCUGGCGUAUCAGGAACUCUUUGCUAUUUGUCAGGGCCUUCCGGGUCCCGGUAGCACGAAGAUGAUUUUCUGCCUAGCCUUAUUACAUGCAGGAUUUAUUCCUGCCAUGCUUGUGUUUUUCAUUUGGAGUCUUCCUGGCGCAAUUGGCAUGUAUGCCCUCUCACUUGGUGUGCAAAAUAUCAGUGAAACGCUUCCCAAACCCGUCUAUUCCCUGCUUUCCGGCCUCAACGCCUCCACAGUAGGUAUUGUUGCACUUGCGGCCGUACAGUUGGCUGAAAAAGCCAUUCGCGAUAAAUUAUCCCGGAUUCUUGUGAUCUUUGGCGCAUGUGCUGGUCUUUGUUACAAUGCACUCUGGUAUUUUCCCGUGCUGAUGAUUAUCGGUGGAUUCCUCACGAGCCUCUGGGAUGGAUGGUUAUAUCAACAAAUUUCAAGGGCGAGGAUCGCUUGGAAGAACAGACAUAUUCGUUCACAGGAACUGGAUGUGACAAAUGGGGAUCCUACGGGCAUGGACUCCAUAACCGCCAUAACCCUGGAAGAGAAUACCGCGCAAAGGAGUGAGACGACGCGACCGAGAAGGCCGGAUCCUAGAAUCGAAGGACUACCACAGAGUUCAAUCAAUACUACAACGCCAACACAGUCCGCUGAAGAUCCUUCACAACAUCACAUUAUUCGGAUUCGGGUCGGAGUUUUGGUCAUGGUUCUCUUUUUUGCUUUCUUCAUCGGAAUUCUUGUUGCCAGAGGCCAGCUCGCCACACCCCCACUUGUCCUCGACCUCUUUGCCAAUAUGUACCUUGCUGGCACUGUUAUCUUUGGUGGAGGCCCUGUUGUCAUUCCCCUUUUACGCUCCUAUGUCGUCGAUCCCGGGUGGGUCUCCAGUAGAGACUUCUUGAUCGGCCUUGCCAUUAUCCAAGCUUUUCCCGGUCCUAACUUCAACUUCGCCGUCUUUUUAGGGGCGCUAGCACUGCAGCGCUCGCGCUUCCCGACCAUCUUCGGUGCAUUUCUCGGCGGUUUAGGAAUCUUCUUUCCGGGAAUCACGCUGGCCGUUGCAAUCCAAAGUUUCUGGCGUGUAUUGCGGAAGAAGAAGUAUGUGAUCGACUUUCUAAGAGGAGUGAAUGCUACUGCAGUUGGACUAGUAUUCACAGCUGUAUACCGAUUGUGGGAGAUUGGAUACUUGACCCCUGACAGAAGCGACGGACAGAGUCUGGCUAAGGAACCAUGGUGGGUGGUUGUCGCGGCGGUAACAUAUGCAGGGAGUGCAUGGUUCAAUGUGCCCCCAGCCAUGGCGAUUGUAAUGGGUGGCAUUUUAGGCUUAUGCUGGUUUGGAGCUGUGGGGCAAUAG